AUGACAUCCAAUGGGUUCACCCUCACGUCCUUUCUAUCAACUCUGUUGACUUCCAUACGCUUUGGUGACAUACUGCGUGAAAUUCAAUUCCAUAUUCUCAAUCCUGAGGAAAAUCCUGGGAGUGCUGUCAUUGUGAAAGACUGGAUCCUUACAAGUGCUGAAGCCGUUUACAUAGAAGAAAUAUGGAUACUCAUGGAAAAGGAGAGCGGGCUUCACAUGACGGCCUACAACCUUCAUCCGGCACAGCUUGAAGGGGGAAGGAUCCGUGCAUUGGCGCCAUUUUUCGAGUCUAGGGUGCCAGCACUGUGGGGCCUUUUCCAGAAACUGCUCGUAGUGGAAAGUAAGAUGCAAGUGAGGCGUUGGGCAAAGCCUGCACCUCCAAGCACAGAAACUCGCAGUGGAAGGAACAAAGCUGACGAUGGGGACCACGUUAGUGCGGGAAGGCAGUCGAAGGGAAAUUCUUCAGAGAGACAGUUUUCCCUCCUUAAAAUAAAGGGAGUUGUGAUCAUAUCGCUAAUUGUGAAUAAUUGCAAUGGGCACUGUAAUGCAUUGCAAGUGCAAAAUUCUUUCUAUUUGGCCGCGUCAAAUGCUUCAAAAUCAGUCCGUGGGUGGGCCGCUCACACUGGACUUGCAGUUUCCCCCUCAUCGAUUGAGAACAUUCGAACUUCGUUGAUAAAGAAUCAAAAGAUCUUGAACAAAAGCCUUGGUCGCACUCGCAUCGUGAACUUGGCAUAUGAUAAUUGCGACUUCAAGUUUGGGGUUGGCCAGCCAAUGGACCUUAAGGACCGAACAUUCGAGAGCAUCACGACAGGCCUGUUCUUUAUGCCACCAAAGGAAGUGCUUCCUGAGCACUUAGAAUACGCUGAAACGAUAUGGAACACUCACCCAAACAAUCCCAAUUUCAUCAAUGUACCAGCUGCGAUCACCUUUGCCGAUAUUGUACCAACAGCUGCCGCUGUGUUCAAGUUGAUGAAGCAUUGUCAGUGGCACAUUAAAUCAGUAUUAAUUGAAGAAUACUUCCCCGAACUGCAUCCACAUCUCAUAGACCCACCAUCGACAUUUCAAUUACCACCACAUCGAACUACAUACUCAACUGCAGAGGCUGUCUAUGCAAAGGCCUCUACUAUCGAUGGGAAUGUGGAAGCAAUAAUGUCACUUCUCGAACAAAGCGGCAUCAUGGAGGAGAGGGUUUCUGAUCAUCUGCUGCUCGUUCUACAGACCCGCUCAUGGUGGCACGGUGGUUGGAAGGAGCCAGGAGGGGUUUGA